ACCAACAUCACCACCAACUCCCCCUUCCCCCCAGACCAGCAUCACCUCCAACUCCCCAUUCCCCCAGACCAACAUCACCCCAACUCCCCAUUCCACCCAGACCAACAUCACCCCCAACUCCCCAUCCCCCCAGACCAACAUCACCUCCAACUCCCCAUUCCCCCCAGACCAACAUCACCUCCAACUCCCCAUCCCCCCAGACCAACAUCACCUCCAACUCCCCAUUCCCCCCAGACCAACAUCACCACCAACUCCCCAUUCCCCCCAGACCAACAUCACCUCCAACUCCCCAUUCCCCCCAGACCAACAUCACCUCCAACUCCCCAUUCCCCCCAGACCAACAUCACCUCCAACUCCCCAUUCCCCCCAGACCAACAUCACCUCCAACUCCCCAUUCCCCCAGACCAACAUCACCUCCAACUCCCCAUUCCCCCCAGACCAACAUCACCUCCAACUCCCCAUUCCCCCCAGACCAACAUCACCCCCAACUCCCCAUUCCCCCAGACCAACAUCACCUCCAACUCCCCAUUCCCCCCAGACCAACAUCACCUCCAACUCCCCAUUCCCCCCAGACCAACAUCACCCCCAACUCCCCAUUCCCCCAGACCAACAUCACCCCCAACUCCCCAUUCCCCCCAGACCAACAUCACCUCCAACUCCCCAUUCCCCCCAGACCAACAUCACCUCCAACUCCCCAUUCCCCCCAGACCAACAUCACCCCCAACUCCCCAUUCCCCAGACCAACAUCACCUCCAACUCUCCAUUCCCCCCAGACCAACAUCACCCCCAACUCUCCAUUCCCCCCAGACCAACAUCACCCCCAACUCCCCAUUCCCCCCAGACCAACAUCACCUUCAACUCCCCAUUCCCCCCAGACCAACAUCACCUCCAACUCCCCAUUCCCCCCAGACCAACAUCACCACCAACUCUCCAUCCCCCCAGACCAACAUCACCUCCAACUCCCCAUUCCCCCCAGACCAACAUCACCUCCAACUCCCCAUUCCCCCAGACCAACAUCACCUCCAACUCCCCAUUCCCCCAGACCAACAUCACCCCCAAUUCCCCAUUCCCCCCAGACCAACAUCACCUCCAACUCCCCAUUCCCCCCAGACCAACAUCACCUUCAACUCCCCAUUCCCCCCAGACCAACAUCACCUCCAACUCUCCAUUCCCCCCAGACCAACAUCACCCCCAACUCCCCAUUCCCCCAGACCAACAUUACCUCCAACUCCCCAUUCCCCCAGACCAACAUCACCCCAACUCCCCAUUCCCCCCAGACCAACAUCACCCCAACUCCCCAUUCCCCCAGACCAACAUUACCUCCAACUCCCCAUUCCCCCAGACCAACAUCACCCCAACUCCCCAUUCCCCCCAGACCAACAUCACCCCAACUCUCCAUUCCCCCCAGACCAACAUCACCCCAACUCCCCAUUCCCCCAGACCAACAUCACCCCCAACUCCCCAUUCCCCCCAGACCAACAUCACCUCCAACUCCCCAUUCCCCCCAGACCAACAUCACCUCCAACUCCCCAUAUCUAGCCAUUUGAGAUGUGAUGUCUCCAGUGUGAUGUCUCCAUGUGAUGUCUCCAGUGUGAUGUCUCCAUGUGAUGUCCCUAGUGUGAUGUCUCCAUGUGAUGUCUCCAGUGUGAUGUCCCUAUGUGAUGUCUCCACUGUGAUGUCCCUAUGUGAUGUUCCUAGUGUGAUGUCUCCAUGUGAUGUCUCCAGUGUGAUGUCUCCAUGUGAUGUCCCUAGUGUGAUGUCUCCAUAUGAUGUCUCCAGUGUGAUGUCUCCAUGUGAUGUCCCUAGUGUGAUGUCUCCAUAUGAUGUCUCCAGUGUGAUGUCCCUAUGUGAUGUCUCCAGUGUGAUGUCCCUGUGUGAUGUCUCCAGUGUGAUGUCUCCAUGUGAUGUCUCCAGUGUGGUGUCUCCAUGUGAUGUCUCCAGUGUGAUGUCCCUAUGUGAUGUCUCCAGUGUGAUGUCUCCAUGUGAUGUCUCCACUGUGAUGUCCCUAUGUGAUGUCUCCAGUGUGAUGUCUCCAUGUGAUGUCUCCAGUGUGAUGUCUCCAUGUGAUGUCUCCAGUGUGAUGUCCCUAUGUGAUGUCUCCAGUGUGAUGUCCCUAGUCUGUGCAGAGCUGGGAGGAAGCCCCUCAGCCAUCCCCCUCAACCAUCCCCCUCAACCAUCCUCCUCAGCCAUCCCCCUCAACCAUCCCCCUCAACCAUCCCCCUCAACAAUCCUCCUCAACUAUCCUCCUCAACUACCCCCUCAGCCAUCCCCCUCAACUAUCCCCCUCAACCAUCCCCCUCAACCAUCCUCCUCAACCAUCCCCCUCAACCAUCCCCCUCAACCAUCCUCCUCAACCAUCCCCCUCAACCAUCCUCCUCAACCAUCCCCCUCAACCAUCCCCCUCAACAAUCCUCCUCAACUAUCCUCCUCAACUACCCCCUCAGCCAUCCCCCUCAACCAUCCCCCUCAACCAUCCCCCUCAACGAUCCCCCACAACCAUCCUCCUCAACCAUCCCCCUCAACCAUCCCCCUCAACCAUCCUCCUCAACCAUCCCCCUCAGCCAUCCCCCUCAACCAUCCCCCUCAGCCAUCCCCCUCAACUACCCCCUCAGCCAUCCCCCUCAACCAUCCCCCUCAACCAUCCCCCUCAACCAUCCUCCUCAACCAUCCCCCUCAACAAUCCUCCUCAACCAUCCCCCUCAGCCAUCCCCCUCAACUCCCCCCUCAGCCAUCCCCCUCAACCAUCCUCCUCAACCAACCCCCUCAACUAUCCUCCUCAACCAUCCUCCUCAACCAUCCCCCUCAACCAUCCCCCUCAACCAUCCUCCUCAACCAGCCUCCUCAACCAGCCUCCUUAACCAUCCUCCUCAACCAUCCCCCUCAACCAUCCCCCUCAACUAUCCCCCUUAACAUCCCCCUCAACCAUCCCCCUCAACCAUCCUCCUCAACCAUCCCCCUCAACCAUCCCCCUCAACCAUCCCCCUCAACCAUCCUCCUCAGCCAUCCUCCUCAGCCAUCUCCCUUAACCAUCCUCCUCAACCAUCCUCCUCAACCAUCCCCCUCAGCCAUCCCCCUCAACUACCCCCUCAGCCAUCCCCCUCAACAUCCUCCUCAACCAUCCUCCUCAACCAUCCCCCUCAACAAUCCUCCUCAACUAUCCUCCUCAACUACCCCCUCAGCCAUCCCCCUCAACCAUCCCCCUCAACAAUCCUCCUCAACCAUCCCCCUCAACCAUCCUCAUCAACAUCCCCCUCAGCCAUCCCCCUCAGCCAUCCCCCUCAGCCAUCCCCCUCAACUACCCCCUCAGCCAUCCUCCUCAACCAUCCCCCUCAACAAUCCUCCUCAACUAUCCUCCUCAACUACCCCCUCAGCCAUCCCCCUCAACCAUCCCCCUCAGCCAUCCCCCUCAACAUCCCCCUCAACCAUCCCCCUCAACAAUCCCCCUCAACCAUCCUCCUCAGCCAUCCUCCUCAACCAUCCUCCUCAACCAUCCCCCUCAACCAUCCUCCUCAGCCAUCCUCCUCAACCAUCCUCCUCAACCAUCCCCCUCAACCAUCCCCCUCAACCAUCCCCCUCAACCAUCCUCCUCAGCCAUCCCCCUCAACAUCCUCCUCAACCAUCCCCCUCAGCCAUCCUCCUCAACCAUCCCCCUCAACCAUCCUCCUCAACCAAGCCCCUCAACCAUCCCCCUCAGCCAUCCCCCUCAGCCAUCCCCCUCAACCAUCCUCCUCAACAUCCCCCUCAACCAAGCCCCUCAGCCAUCCCCCUCAACCAUCCCCCUCAACCAUCCCCCUCAACCAUACCCCUCAGCCAUCCCCCUCAGCCAUAA